CAUCGAGAGUUGUUUAAAUUUUGUGACAUUCAGAUUUUGUAAAACUUCGAUAAAACUGUUUUCGACUUGGUUUUUAAUUUAAUUUUGUGAAGUUACAACUUGUUGGACAAAUAUUACAACAGUACGUUUUUCUAAUUGUUUCAAGUGUUCAAAGAUCCGGAGCAACAUGGAGGAAGAGUACGGUCAUUUUCCAAAAAAUGCAAUCGGAACCAUGAUCCGCAAGAUGCUCACAAUGCUGGACGAGCACGAAAUCGGGCCCAAACUGUCGGUGUGCUACAACUUUGUCCUCAAGCACGAGGCGCUCCUGACGAACGUGCCGGAACCGGUCAAAAACAACGAUCGGGCUGUCCAGCUACGUCAGCAGGGGAACCGGCUCUACCAAGCCAAACGGUACGAGAAUGCGCUGGAAAAGUACAACGAAAGUAUCUGCUACGCGGAGGCCGGUUCCGAUCAGUUGGCCAUGGGAUAUGCUAAUCGGUCGGCGAUUUACUUCGAGCAGGGGGAGUACGAGUUUGCACUGCUUAACAUCCGGUUGGCCCGGGACCACAACUAUCCGGAGAAGCUGAGGGAUAAACUGGACACGAGGGAGAAGAACUGCCGACUGAAAAUUGGCGAAGGUCUCGCGAAGGACAACGUGCCCUGUCCUCGGUUGGGCAUUAAUGUUGAGAUUAAUCCGAAAAUUCCCUGUUUGGCCAAAGGAAUCGCCAUGAAGCAGUAUUCUGGCAGUGGUCGUGGGUUGGUCGCGGAGAGGAACUUCAAGGCGGGUGACGUGAUCCUGAACGAAAAGGCCAUUCUCAGUGUGGUGGCCGUUGCGUUCAAAUACCUGUACUGCAGCCGCUGCGGCAUUCCGAACCAGCACAGCCUGAUUCCGUGUCCGAACUGUGUCCACUGCAUGUACUGCAGUGAGGAAUGUCUCGCCGAGGACUCGCGGAUGGCACAUCGCUACGAAUGCAGUUUCGGUGCCCAAAUGGCGAACAUUGCCUACGACGGCUCGAACCUGGCAACGAAGCUGUUCUUCUAUGGAUUGACGCUGUUCAACAACGAUUUGGACCAGAUGAUGAAAUACUGCGAGAAGAACUCCAUGAUUGGAGCGGAUCCUUUUAAGCUGGACCACCGAAACUACGAUCCGCUGGAGGAGUUCAAGAUCUUUCACGAAACCAAGCUGCACUUGAGCCCGUACAUCGAGGUAUCGUUCAGGUUGUGCGCCGCCGCCACUUACUACGUUCUGCUGAAGCAACCUUUGAUUAAAGCGCUCGUGACAACCAAAGCCCAAAAACGAUCCUUGCUCAACUGCCUCUACCUUUACCAGCGCGUGGCCAUGUACUUUGCCUGGGAGCGAAAAUCCCCGCCGGAUUGUACGGUUACCGGGUUGCUGUCCUACGGAAAACUGGUCAACCACUCGUGCAAUCCGAAUGCCAUGAUUCUGUACGAUUACGGCCAGAUCAAGUGCAUCCUCAUCAGGCCUGUCCGCAAGGGUCAACAGAUCACGAUCAGCCUCGGACCGGCCUGGUUCGUUAUAGGUAACCAACAGGCGUCCGAUCUGAGCUUCACAUGCCAGUGCGAGGUUUGUCUGUACGGUCGCGUCGGCGAGUGGAUUAAGACGGGCAAGGCACUUCCGGCGAAGGCCCUCAAAGACUUGGAGUUGUGCACGGAGGUGAUGCUGAACGAGAAGAUCAACGACGCGGCCAAGCUGAACGCCUACCAGCAAAUCAUCCAGCGGUACGACCAGUACUUGCCAAACAUGGACAUGAGCUACCACUUGCGGAUGUACUACCAUAAAUUGACGCAGGCCAUUAUGAAGGAGAAUAUCCAGUUGAACCGCGCCAAGGUUGCGGCCGCUGUAGUUUGAGUGUUGUGGCGUUUUGAUUUUAUUCUUUACUAACUGUAAAUCUGAACAAUGGUUUUGAGAUGUGAAGUCAGAAAUUUCAAACAAAAAUAAAUACGUUAAACGAA